CUCUGGUCAUCUCCUGUACCGUGUCUGCAGUCUCUGGUCAUCUCCUGUACUGUGUCUGCAGUCUCUGGUCAUCUCCUGUACUGUGUCCGCAGUCUCUGGUCAUCUCUUGUACUGUGUCCGCAGUCUCUGGUCAUCUCCUGUACUGUGUCCGCAGUCUCUGGUCAUCUCCUGUACUGUGUCCGCAGUCUCUGGUCAUCUCCUGUACUGUCUGCAGUCUCUGGUCAUCUCCUGUACUGUGUCCGCAGUCUCUGGUCAUCUCCCGUACUGUGUCCGCAGUCUCUGGUCAUCUCCUGUACUAUGUCCGCAGUCUCUGGUCAUCUCCUGUACUGUGUCCGCAGUCUCCGGUCAUCUCCUGUACCGUGUCUGCAGUCUCUGGUCAUCUCCUGUACUAUGUCCGCAGUCUCGGGU